GCCAUCUUCAGAAUACAUUUCCAAAACAAAAUUUAUUGUUUACAAUUUAUAAAUUAAAAACCAGCAUGGACUUCCAGUCGCUGAUGCAGCAGAUGUACAGCAAUGCGGGGGGCAUGCCCCUUAUGAUGCCGCCCUCACAGAACGGCUAUGGAUACGGCCAGCAGCAGCCUUUCUGCCCCUUCCCGCUCAAUGGCAUCCAUCUGGAGCAGCAGCCGGAGCCGGAAGAGGAUGACGAGGACGACGAGGAGCAGCGCACCCUGUUCUGUGGCAAUCUGGACGAGCGCGUUUCGGAAGAGAUACUGUACGAAGUGUUCCUGCAGGCCGGUCCCAUCGAGGAAGUGCGCAUUCCCACGGACAACAUGGGCAGGCAGCGAAACUUUGGCUUCGUCACGUACCAGCACCAGUGCGCGGUGCCCUUUGCCCUCCAGCUGUACCAGGGCCUGGAGUUGUAUCAGAAAAAGGUGACCAUCAAGCAGCAGGGCGCAGACAGGGCCAGGCAGCAGCAGCAGCAGAAUGCCUCCUCCUUUGGCCCGAAUCGCCUACGGAAUCCCUUCUCGAUAGAGCCGCCGCCCACGGCCGCGUCCUCGCCAUCCGCACCGCACCGCAAUCGCCACUCCAUGCACGGAGCCAAGCCCUACGACCGCAAACCAGGAGGAAACAGUGGAGAUCAGCGACGACGCAGCGACAGCUCGGUGAUGGAACGCAACAGGCCGAGGCAGCAGCAGCAGCAUCAUCACCAGCACCUGCCCGGCGGCAGCCGUCAUUCGGAUCAAAGGCACAACCAGCGGCGCCUGUUCUGAUAGAUUCUACA